ACACAUAAGCCUCUGAAGCUAAACGCAAGCGAAGAUGAAGCUGCCGCGGAUCACCUUGUCGUGUCUGGGACUGUUGCUCCUGCUGGGUCACUGGCACUUCGGCGAGGGAUCGGAGUCGGGUUGGGACGGGGAGCAGGACUGCCAACGGCUGAUGGUAAAUGAUAUGGACACUGGAGAGGCGUCCUGUGAGAACUUUCACCAGCACGCGUGUGGCAACUGGUACGCCAACAGCACGCAACGGGGCUUUGGCGCGCACGACAGGCGCUCCCAGUGGGCGGCCCUGCAUAAGCAGCGGCUGGUGCAACACUUCGACGGGCUUUCUCUGAAAGCGGAGUCAAAUCAUCUGGCGACGUUCUAUGGGAGCUGCAUGUCCGGCCUGCAGAGCCUGCGGAUCUACACAGAGGCUUUGGAACGGAGGGCAUACUGGCCGCUGCUCAACACUUCCUCGGCCUUUGCCUCUGCCAACGACGCCGCCUUCGACUGGGUGGCAGCCAACGCGGGGCUGCGUCGCUUCGGGGCCCAGGGCCUGUGGCGCCUCCUGGUGCAACCCAACUGGCAAGCGGCGGACCAGAGCAUCUUCUACUUGCUUCCUCCCGGCUUCGAGCUGCUCGGCGGCAACUCAAUGAGUGAGUUCCUCUACCAGCGCUACCUCAAAAGCCUCCUGCUGGAGCUGGGGCUGCGGGUACGACGUGCGUCCGCCCUGGCCGAGCGGUUGGUGAAGUUCGAACGGGAUCUGCGGGAUCUGCUGCCCGCGGAUGUGGAGCAAACGCUGGUGCUGCGCGAACCCCAGUCCCUCAGCCAACUGGACCAGCAGCUGCCCCAGCUGCAGAUUCGGCGUUACUUCGAUCUCCUCCUUCAGGGACUGUCGUCAGGCGCCACUGAGAAGUUGCUGGUGGUGGCCGACCUGGAGUACCUGAGCCGCUUACAGAGACUGCUGGGGCGGACAGACAGCGCGGAUCCGCUGGUGCUCUCCACCUGGCUGCUCCUCCAGCUGCCCGCGCAUUUCGAGCUGUACCUGCACGACGACGAGAAGCUCAACGUGCGGCAACGUCACUGCUUGGAGCAGCUCAGUCAGCUGCUGCCCCGCCAGUUGUCACAGUUGCAGAUCCGUCUCUCGCUGGGCGACGACCCUGUGGCCUACGAAGCCCUGGUCCUGCGUGUCCAGCGUCUUUUCGUCCGCCUCCAGCUACAGUUCGAACGCCAGCUGAACGAAACGGACGUGUUCGAGGCGGACCGGAGCACCCAGACACUGGCCAUACAGAAGCUGCGGGACAUGCGGCUGGUCCUGCCCCAGAUAGUCCCGGAGGAGAAGCCCGUAUCACGGCCGCUGAGCAGCAGCUACGACGAGAACCUACUACAGUUGUCCCAGAGUCGGGCCAUGGCCGAGUUCCGGCAGGUAGUCGACUGCCAGGAUCAGAUCUGCGGUGACUCUCCGCCCGUGGAAGGCUUCGGCCUGGACCCGCUGUCAGUCAACGCCUACUAUCGCUUGAAGCAGAACGCCAUUGAGCUGCCAUUAGGACUGCUCACCAGCCCACUGCUGCAGCGCUGCUCCAAUACGAUUGACCAGGCGUCCCGGCAGGCCGGCGGAAUGGGCUCCAUCCUGGGCCACGAGAUGGUGCACGCCUUCGACUACGACGGAAUAAACUACGACGCCACCGGACAGCUGGCCAACGGCCAAUGGCCACCACGGGCUAUCAUAAGGUUCGGUCUGCGUGCCGGCUGCUAUCUGGGUGCCCGCUACAGCAACGCCACCCUCACCAUCAACGAGAACAUUGCGGACACCGAGGGGUUACGCCUGGCCUUUGAGGCGUACCGCCACCAUCGCGCGUACCGAGGUGUAACCGAUCCCAGGGGACUGAAGACCUUUUUUGUGGCCUUUGCUCAGAACUGGUGUGGCAAUGCACCGUCCUCUGGGGGCGACAGCAGCAAUGCUGGUACCGGGCAGCAUGCGGCGCAUUCGGAGCGGGUCAACAACGUGCUGGGAAACUUUCCCGAGUUUCUGGAGAUCUUCCAGUGUAAGGCCGCCAGUCAGAUGAGUCCCUCGGACAAGUGUCGCAUUUGGUGAGGCUAUCGAAGGGUAUUAUCGGAGACUUUUCAACCAAUUAUUCCCUCGUUCUUGUGCAUCAAUAAAUGUGUACCGCUUCCACUAGAA